AUUUAAUUCUAACACAUGUGUUGUAUGUGAAACACCAGUAUCCAAAGAACCACAACAGCGACCAACUUCUCAAAAUCAGGUUUCAAAAAAAUUAAUCAAAUUUUAAUGUUCCUAUCUAGACAAGAAUUCUAUGUCCUCAUUGUAAAUCAACAAAUUCAAUACAUUUACGAACAUGUUAUAUUUGUGAAAAUGUAUUAAUGCCAACAUCAACACCACCAGAAAAACGAACUUCAAUUUCAAUUCCAACAAUAUCAAAACAAACAAAUACAAUGAUGAUAACAUGUUCAAAAUGUUUUCGUUUAAAUAAUCCUAAUGCUCGUUUUUGUGAUUGGUGUAGUUCAUAUCCUGAUCAUGCAUCUACAUCAAUACAAUGUACAAAAUGCCAUACUAAUAAUGAUUCAUUUGCAAAAUUUUGUUCAACAUGUGGAUGUGUUAUUGUACCACCAUUACGUAUUAUUGAUACACGUCUUUAA